AUGUCAUCGUUUGAAGAUGUUGAGGUGGAUGAGAAUGACUCUGAGAUUGGUAGAAGUGACAUCCUAUUGUCACCAGUACCUGUCAGUGAUGAAGAGGAUGGUGGGACUUCAUGUGGGACUUCAUCUCACCCUGAUGUGGAGUUCCAUGAAGUUGACAUUGUCAAUCCAUACCUGAAGCUUAGAAUGAAGUUCGCUAACAUUCAACUAUUUAGAGAAGCUGUUAAGCAAUACAAUGUGAGAAGGGGAAAGGACAUAAGGUUUGAGAAAAAUGAAAGAGCCAAGUGUGUAGCUGUGUGUAGAGAUCCAUGUUGUGGUUAUAGAGUGUAUGGUAGACAGAUGGCGACUGAGGCCUCAUUUGAAAUAAGGUCCUUAAGACCUACACAUUCUUGUACUCGAGUAUACAAGAGCUCAAUUGUCAAUUCGAGGUGGAUAGCAGAUAAACUUUAUGAUAAGUUUAAGGUUCAACCAGACAUGCCACUGCGAGUGAUACAAGAUGAAGUCAAGAGGAAAUGGAAUGUUGAAGUCAGCAGGAGUCAAAUGUAUAGGGGUAGGAAGAAGGUAGAAAAGAAGAUAUACGGUUGUCUGGGUGAACAGUAUGGCAGGCUGUGGGAUUACUGUGAGACUUUAAGGCGUACUAACCCGGGUAGCUAUGUAGUGAUGAAGGUUGAAAGACCAAACCCUAAUUUGCCUGCUAAGUUUCAGAGACUCUACUUGUCCCUUGCAGCCAUGAAGAAUGGGUUCUUGGAAGAUUGUAGGCCUGUCAUAGGCCUAGACAGGUGCUUUCUAAAAGGACCUUACAAGGGAAUGCUACUGGCUGCGAUUGGUCGAGAUGCCAACAACAACAUGUACCCAAUUGCAAUCGCCGUUGUAGAAUCUGAGACAAAAGACAGUUGGACCUGGUUUCUGGAGUGCCUUGUUUCAGAUCUUGGUCAUCAUAAGACGCACACUGCUCCUACAUUCAUUUCUGAUCGGCAAAAGGGUCUUGUGCCAAGUUUUGAUGUUGUUAUGCCAAUGGCGGAUCACCGAAUCUGUGAAUUGUUGUGGAAGGCAGCAUCGGCAUAUACUGAGGUCGAGUUCAGAUUUCAGAUGGAAGAGAUGAAGAAAGUCAGUCCUGAUGCCUUUGACUACCUAGACAAGAUUGACCCCAGCGGAUGGUCGAGAGCAUGGUUCAGUGACUAUCCUAAAUGUGACCUCCUUGUCAACAAUAUAUGCGAGUGUUUCAACUCAUACAUCCUGAAGGCACGUGACAAGCCAAUUCUGACGAUGCUUGAGAUGAUUAGGAAGCAGCUCAUGAGAAGGUACCAACUUAAAAGAGAUGGCAUCAACAAAUUGAAGGGCAAGUUGUGCCUUAGAAUUGUUGAGAAGCUUGAGGCCAUUGGUGAGGCUGCAUCGGACUGCCUAUCCCAUUUUGCUGGUGAUGGCAUAUUUGAAGUAGAGUAG